UUAAUAAAGACAUAACCUAACCUAUGAACAUAACCUACAAGAAUUUAAUGUUAAAAUAAAAACUAUUAUAUUAGUUAUGAUAAUGAUAAUAAAAGAUGAUGACGGAGUUAAAAUCACAUCAAAUUGACGAUAGAUAACAAAGAUAAGACGUUAUCUUUAAAAGGAUGAGAAAAAAGUAGAUUUUUUGAGUUCAUAUCCCAAUAAAAUGGAAUCGAGUAACUAUGUUGCCGUGACGGUUCCUUUUAUAGCGAUAUUAUUAGUUUUGGGUGUAAUGUUAACAAUUUUUGAAGUGAGAAGACGAAAAAUGCAAGAUUUCGUUAAUAAAGGUUAUAGAUUCCUCGUUAAUCCAAACGGAAGAAUAAUAGCGACGAUACCCCCAAACGAUGGGCCAACGUCAAUAACAUCACUUCCAGGCGCACAAAUUACACCUAAUAAUGUAAGAUUCUAAAGAUAUUGAAUCGGAAAUUAUAAAUUAAUCUAUUUAAGAUGUAUUGUGAUAAACCUAUUUAAAUUAUAAGCACAAUAAAACCUCAUUUUUUAUUACUUGUUUUUAUUGAUAUGUUCUGAUUAUCUCUCCAUGAAGUGAUAAGAUAAAGUUGAUAGGGGCCAAUUGAAAAUUUUUCACUUGACGAUAAAUAAUUCAAUGCUAAGUAUAAUUUGAGAACAUGGAUUCCUAUUAUAUUUGUAUUAUUAUUUUGGGCCCUUUUACUUUGGGCGCGAUGAUUUCAGCAUCGAUUUAUAUGAAAGUACAAGCAAAAAGGCUCUCAGAGGAAAUUCAACGAAAAGGUUUAGUUAUUUAUUCAGUUCCGAUUUUUGUAACUGGAGGUUUACGAGAGGAAAAUAGACCACCUUUAAUUUCUCCAAUAACAGGUUUACCUCCACCACCUCCGUACUCGAGGAAUCAACCAACGACUAAUCAACGUCAACAAAUUAAUGAGACAUAUUCAAAUGGACCACCUCCUUUAUAUAAUAAUAAUCUCGAUCCCGGAUUUAGAGUUCCGAUAAAUCCCCCUGCUUAUGAUGAUACUCAACAUCAAACCAUCCAAAUUAACGAACUACCCAGCAGAAAUUAAAAUAAAUAAUAGUAUAUUAUUAUACGAGCAUAUAAUGAGGGCUAUUAUUCACUAAGGUUAAGUUUAUAUCAUGAGAUAAAUUUAUAUUUUUAAAUAAAUUUUUGAAUAAAGUUUAAACGU